AUGGAGGAUCCCAGCUGGCGACGGAACUGUGACCUCCUCACAGAUGCACUUCAGUCGCUGGAUCGCAGCACGUCGCAGAUACGGCGGAGCACGAACAAACUCACAACGCUGCGGGACAUUGCAAGGGAGCGGGAGCGGGUGAAGCAGGUAACAGGCAGCACGAAUGCCAAGGAGGUGCACAGCAUACAGGAUGCAUUGGGGCUCAUGGAAAAGUACAUGCGGCUUAACCCCGCCCAGCUGCGGGGGCAGGGCGUCAAGCUCACCACGGAGGCAAAGGUCGCCAUGGAGAGAUACCAGAAUUCAUGUGACGCGUUCUACAAAAAAUGUAUUAGCGUCGAGCAAUCCCUGCGAUCCUCACAGGGGACGACGCAUGUGAAGGUGUUGCCGGGAAGCCAGGUGAGCAGCGAUGCCGACGAAGCAGAUGAGACUAGUGACCUGCUUCAAAAGGGUGCGGCGGGCGCACUCACGCAGAAGGAAAUCUUUGAGCGCGACCUGCACGACGAUAUCAUGGCGGAGCGGCGACGGGAGACCUUAGAGAUUGCCGACAAUGUAAAGGACAUUAACGAGAUAUUUAACCACAUUCAUCUCAUGGUGGAAGAACAGGGAGACUCUCUGGAUGUCAUUGAGGGAAACGUUGGCAUGGCUCAACAGGCCACAAGAAACGCAGCGCAGCAUUUGCGGCAAGCCCAGCAGUAUCAGGAGACUCCCAAGCGCAACAAAUUCCUGCUUCUUUUUGCUUUUGUGCUGGCGUUUAUAGUGUUUUUUACGGUAUUAUUCCACUGA